AUGGCAUUGGCGCUGGGCCUGGCAGAGGCCCAAAAGAGGGAGUUGGGGAGGGUCAGAGACCUACUAGGAGUAGGAGCCCUGCCUGAACUUCCUGGGGUGGCUCCAGUACAGCUGCUGGUGGUCCAUGGCUGUAGUCGUGUGGCUCAGACGCUGAAAAGAGAAAGGAAAGUCCGAAUGGCGCAGGCACAGAGAAAGGGAGAUGACAAUCUAGAGCACUGGCAUAGCAAAGCCUGUAAAUGUGAUUGUCAAAGAAAUCCAAACUCAGUGUGGUCCAUUGAAACAGACAGUCUAGACUGCAUGCCAGAGUGCCCCUAUCAUAAGCCUCUUGGUUUUGAAUCAGCAGCUGUCACUCCAGAUCAGAUAAGCUGUUCUAAUCCAGAGCAGUACACUGGGUGGUAUGCUUCAUGGACUGCAAACAAGGCCCGACUUAACGGACAAGGAUUUGGGUGUGCCUGGCUCUCCAAAUACCAAGAUACAAACCAGUGGCUGCAGAUUGACUUGAAGAAAAUUAAAGUUAUUUCAGGAAUAAUGACACAGGGAAGAUGUGAUGCAGAUGAAUGGAUGACAAAAUAUAGUGUACAGUACAGGACUGAUGAGAAUCUGAACUGGGUUUAUUACAAGGACCAAACAGGAAACAAUCGGAUUUUCUAUGGAAAUUCAGACAGAUCAUCAUCUGUGCAGAACCUUUUGCGUCCACCCAUUGUUUCUCGUUACAUACGGUUGAUACCCCUUGGCUGGCAUGUGCGCAUUGCUAUCAGGAUGGAGCUGCUGGAGUGCAUGAAUAAAUGUGUUUAAACUUCAGAGUCAUCUGGGAAGAAACAGG